CCUCAAUACACGACAAGUAUAUUCUGCUGGGAACCUCUUCCGGUCUAGGACGGCAACGAGAAGCAGUCGAGUCGCUUGCCUACGUAUUCUCGCCUAUCUCUCCAAUGCUGCAGGCAACCAUCACCACCAUCUGCUCCAUAUAUAUGCUCAUGGCAGCAUUUAGUACUCUUCCUUCCAUGUCGCAAGAUCUUUCUACGUAACAACGAUGUCCCACCAUUUCAUUCACCCUCUUGACCCCCUGUCUGCGAUGAAGGUCAUCGCAGCGGUUUCAGCCAUCCGAGCUUAUAUCCAGAAGGGCAUUUAUACCAUGAAGAAGCCCAUCGAAAAGAUUGUCUUCAAUACUGUCACUUUACGAGAGCCCAGCAAGCAUGCCGUCCUCAACAAAUGAUCAGAUGUCCUAAUUGAUGAUGAGCUCAAAAAAGUUGGAAUGGAAAAAGGUGAUUUGAGGCGACAAGCAGACGUUCACAUCAUCUGUGCAGCCACCUCCCAAAGUUACGAGGCCAUCGUAGACUUGCCGUCCAAACUUAGCCUCGUUGGACCGGAGACUCCUGUUGUCACCAGUUGGAUUGCCCUCCAUGAACUGAUUCAACCUUCUCUCCAUACCGAAGAGCUGCUCUGGGCGAAGGAGCUUUGCAGAAAUCUUCCAAAGGUCAAAAAAGCUUGUGAAGCUACUGGCGUGGAAAAAAAGGCAGUUGCCGAUUACAAUGCUUCAAAGACGAGGACUUGGUUGAUAGAGAAUCCUAAUGAAACGCGUUAAAGCACAGGGGGGAAUAUCGGGUACAAGCUUGUUUGGAAUGACAUGCCGCCCCUUUUGGCCAAACCCGGCUCCCUGGUCUAUAACGGUGCUCCUUAUGGUGAAGAAUUUGGUCUUGCCAAGUGGGUUGCUCGAGAUGACAACAUUAAUAAUGAGGACAUUGCCCUCUGGCCUUGCUUCGGUGUCACCCAUGUUUCCAGCCCUGAGGACUGGUCUAUUAUGCCUGUAGAAUUCCUUAGGGUUUAUCUCAAGCCUUCUGGCUUCUUUGACUGUAACCCGGGUCUUGAUGUACCUAGUGCAGAGGACAAGGAAUCAAGAAAUGCGGAUGAGGCCUUGGCGAAUGAUGUUGAAGGAGUGCACAUCGGCAAAGAGAAGAUUAUCAUUCCCAAUUGAGUCAACUGUUGUAAUGGAAAGUAGUUGGGUUUCUCGGAUGAAUGGUUGUACGUAGGCAGCGAUAACGAUACUUAUGUGGUUGUCUUUUUUAGUUAGCUCUACUUCGUUGUCGAUGAUAUGUAUGCGGUCC